GAACACACGGGGUUGAAGUGAGAAGGGCGGGGGCAUCUAUAUAAACACAACAAACCUUUGUUCGCGAUCGCGAAUGAACAUUGUUUAUAUCUAUUUGACAGUUUCGAAACUCGAGCAGUGCCCAAUAUUGACAUUUUUCUAGUUUUUACUUUAUUUCUUUUUUGAAAAUGGCUGAGACCCCCGAAGGUGAUCCUGUUCCUUCUUCUAGUGAAAAUCCUGAGAGUAAAAUUGAGUCAAACGUUAAAGACGACGAGGGGCCUUCUCCUAAAAAACGUAAAACAGUAAUAGAGAAUGAACAGAUUGAAAAGUUGGAGCACAGACUGGGGGGCAUAUUGUGUUGCGCAGUUUGUCUGGACUUGCCUCAAGCGGCCGUGUAUCAGUGUAGUAAUGGGCACUUAAUGUGUGCGCCUUGCUUCAAUCACUUGCUCGCUGACGCACGCUUGCGCGACGAGACAGCCACCUGUCCCAACUGUCGCGUGGAGAUUUCCAAAGCUUUGUCCUCGAGGAACCUGGCCGUCGAGAAAACGGUUUCAGAACUUCCCCUGGAGUGCAGGCACUGCACGCGAGUGUUUCCCCGUCACUCUCUCCAUAACCACGAAGAGAAUAUCUGUGAAGAGAGGCCGUACAAGUUUUCCCAACUGGUUGUCGAUUCGUCACCCCGUUACCCUUUCGCUGGUUUGGUUCGCAUUGUGACCAGUGUGUACUGGCUUCUGAUAUCCGCCAUCAGAAGAACCUACUUCGUCUCAGAGGUGACGGAGGCUUCGGUCAAGCGCCCGUCCACGCGCCGCAGAGUGACGGGCUGCCGCUACGCGUGCCUGGGCUGCGGCUGGCGCGGCGCGGCGCGCGCGGCGGCGGCGCACGAGGCGGCGUGCGCGCACCCGCGCCGCUCCGCCGCCGAGCUGCUGGGGCUGCUGGCGGCGCGCGAGCAGCAGGCGGCCGCCGAGCUGCGCCUGCACGCGCAGCUGCUCGACCUGCUCUCCUGCGAGAAGAUCACCUUCAACGACUUACAGCUGAAGCCGUACCGCACGGAGGAGCUCCACAAGCUGUACUACGAGACGUCGCGGUUCUGCUCCUUCGCGCACCAGUGGGUCGUGAAGGCCUUCGUCAACAAGAACCAGCGCGACCCCACGCAGAGUUCGCAGCGUGAGAUCACUUACCAGCUGGUGCUCAAGAGCAAGCCGGCGGCGCCGCUGGCCGUGUCGUGGGCGUGCGUGCGCGGCCCGUACGGCGAGGCGCGCCUGGCGCCCGCGCUGGCCGCGCACGCCUUCCGCGAGGACGAGGCGGCGCCCGCGCGCGCGCUGCCGCUGCACGACGCCGCCGACACCAACCGCCUGCUGUCCAGCAAGGCCAUCCACUUCCGGCUCAUAAUGUUCUUGUCGACAAAAUGAUGACUGAUGACGAGCCUCAUCACUAAAUACAUUCUUCCGCUUUGGACUCACCAAAGAUCGAUGCAAUAUUUUUUUUAAUGUUUCACUAAUAUUUUUUUUUUUGUAGCUGAUAUAAUAAAUCCACUUUAAUCACAUGCA